AUGUGGUUAUUGAGCUUUUGCUGGGCUCUAGAAGUGAAACUUGUAAGGGGACCCAGGACAUCGACGAACACAACUGUUAUACACACCCUCCAGUGGCAGUCCUUCUACCUUUCCGGAGGCCAUGAAGAGUCAGGGGAUGAUAAACCUGUGGGAAACUCUGGCAGGCUAGGAAUGCAUUUACGCACGAACGGCAUGAGUGCCAAACAGGAUGUGCACCGUAUCCGUACUACGGUGGGUACGUACGGUGGAUACGGAUACGGGCCCGUACCGUGGCCACCUUCGACGACCCAAAAUACGGCCGUAUUCAUACGGUUAGAAUAUGGUCAUCGAGGGAGUGGCCAGGGAUGGUCUAAUACCAUCGAGAUAUUCGUCGUCACUGUAAAACUGUCCGUAUAUGGACAACGGUACGGAUGCGGUACGGAUUUGAAGUCAACCGUACCGUACCGUGAACAAGAAUUUUGA